AAGCAUUCCAUUAUCUUCAUUCAGAGCUGCAAAGCCUGAGAAGAAGCAAAAUCAACACGCACCAGCACCAGUCAGAUAUACAUAUAAAUAUAGAGAAAUCCCACUUCAGAGAGAUGUUGGUUUAGCUGUAAGGGAAGAAGGGAAGAAAAGGAAGAAAUGGGCUACUGUUGUAAUAAUUCUUUCCCAGCUAGCUCUCAUGUUCUUUUAACCGACUUAUCUCAGAGAUGGAAGUGCCCCAAGCUCCAAAAUCUGCGGCACAAAGGACAGUUUCAUGGAUCACAAAAAGCUUCAAAAGUUCUUGCCUUCUAUGGUCUGAAAGCCCCUCCAUAUAAACUUGAUGCUUUAGAACCACAUAUGAGUCGGAGGACACUGGAGAUGCAUUGGGGAGAGCAUCACCGAGGUUAUGUGGAAGGUUUGAACAAACAACUUGAGAAGGAUGACGUACUAUAUGGCCACACUUUGGAUGAGCUUGUCAAAGUAACAUAUAACAAUGGGAACCCCUUACCUGAAUUCAAUAAUGCUGCUCAGGUUUGGAAUCAUGACUUCUUUUGGGAAUCCAUGCAACCAGGAGGUGGGGACAUGCCUAGACUAGGUCUUCUUGAGCAGAUUGAAAAGGAUUUUGGUUCCUUCACUAAUUUCAAGGAGAAGUUUUUAGAAGCAGCCCUCACAUUAUUUGGCUCUGGAUGGGUUUGGCUCGUUUUGAAGAGAAAUGAGAGAUGUCUUGCAGUGGUAAAAACAUCCAACGCCAUAAACCCAAUUGUGUGGGACGACAUUCCCAUCAUCAGCUUGGACGUGUGGGAGCAUGCUUAUUAUCUGGAUUACAAGAACGACAAAGGGAAGUACGCGAAUGUGUUCAUGAACCACCUUGUGUCUUGGAAUGCUGCAGCCGCGCGCAUGGCCAGGGCUGAGGCCUUUGUGAACCUAGGCGAACCAAAAAUCCCCAUAGCCUAAAGCCUCUCUUCCUUUCUUUGCUUCUGCUCUACCAUUCAGCUGUUGGUCUGAUGACAUCUAGGGAAUUGUCUCUAAUGAUGUUAACCUGAGAGGUUGUCGGAUUGAAACCAACCUGAUGAUUUUAGUAUAAGAGGUUUUGAGUUCAAGCUAACCCGGCCAUUGUUUUGGGUUUAGAGGAGUAAUAGGAUUAGGUUUUGCAGUGUACUUGUCUGCUUGUAUGCAGCCUAACAAUUGCUUAUUUAUGAUGAAAUAUUAGUCAAACA